AUGAGGCUUGUUCGUACGCAGCUGCAGUUCGUCUUCCGAGCUUCCGACGAUGCGGGUCGGAUCAGCCGAUUUGGGCGACCAGUGAAAUCGAUGAUCGGAUCGACGCGUGCUGGAAUUGACACCCUGCUUUUCUCUCAAGACGCUUUUCUCUUUGUGUCGCUUCCUAACGACUCGCAUCUCAUUGCAGUCGCUGACACGAGCGGCAGUGCUCGAGCGUCAAGCAGCGUUUCAACGACGCAUUCUAAGGAACCCAACACCCGAAGCGUGUCUUGCAGGACUCAAAGCGCCAACCUGCAAGACGCGCUCAACUGUCGCAUCAACCUCUCCUCUUUCACUCCCACCAACUCGACGCCACAGAAUAGCAGCGACGCGACGGCAACCUUCAACUCCUCUCAAAGCAGUAGUGGCGGCAGCGGAAGUGGAAGCGGCAACGGUGCCACCAGCAGUAGCUACCCCCCACCUUCUGGACCAGCCGGUACCUUUCCGGAGGCAAACGCAAAUCUUGUCGACGAUAUAGUCAGCACCGGCCAGAAUCCGGCCCUUCGCAAGGUACUCUUCCAGCUAGGAUCCGGUCAGACUUCCACUCUCGCCGCUGCUGCUGCCAGCGAGAGCUCCAUCUCUGAUUCGGUUUCCAACUCGUCGACCGCAACCGGCACAGCUGCACCCGCCAAACCGCCAUCUCGUGACAUCGCUGCUGCCUCAAGCCCUGACGCUGACCCACAGCAAGCUCUGAGCAGCAGCAGCAGCGAAUCCUCAGCAUCGCAGUCGGCGCAACAGCGGCGUCCGCAGCCCUUCACCGGCGGCACCUCUUUCCGUCAGCACCUCGAGCAGAGUCAGGUUCAGCUUCAGCAACCAUCCACCAUGUCGAACUCUUCCUUGCAGUCGCAACCACAAGCCGGUCAGCAGUCUCAGCAGCAGACUGGUCCGCUCGAUUCGGUCACUCUUGGCCAGCUUCGCAACCUCAUCGUCGUCGACAAGCCAAAAUCGCGUCAGUACGACUUCCCCGUCAAUGCCGAUGCCGAUUCGAUGCUCAACGAGAUCGACGAGUUCUACUCGUACGUCGAAGUUCCCCAGACCGCAGAGAACAGAGCGGCGUGGGAGGAAUGGUGUACUCUUCCCGUCCAUCUUCGCAACAAUGCGUAUGCGUCAACCAGCUCCGAUCAAGGUCGUCAACCUUCCACCUCUUCAGCGCAAGAUCCAGAAUAUCUCGGCCUCGGACUCAACCUCAACGACGCCGCUUCUGCUGAUGGUGCAUCCCAGAGCCGCCAUCGAGGAGACAGGCGACCAAGCUUGGCAGAGCCAAUGAUCGGCGAGUGGACCACCCUCGGCAGUGGCAUCCGCCGGCGCAUCCUGCAGUCGCUCCUUUCCACGCUCGAAGUGCGCGAUCCCGAGGCCAGAUUUCGCGCCUCGCGCGCCCUGCUGUAUCUUCUCCAAGGCGCCUUUGCCGAUACAGCCGGCCCUCAACACCAGCUCCACUGGCUUGUUGAGAACGCACGCAUGGUCCGAACGCUCGGCGGUCUCGGCGAGAUCUACUCGGCCAUCAAGCUUGCCAGCUGGAAGCACGACUACCUCAGCUCGCUUCCCGAUCACAUCCCUGCCCACGAGCCCAGCCAAGCAGGUCACCACGGCCCCGCCAACGCGCCUCUCCUCACACCCGAGGCCAAGCUCGAAUACCUCGACGAGAUCAACCUCGAGCUCGCACUUCACUUUGCACAGCUCUACUCGCUCCUCGAGAGUUCCAGAGGCCAAGACGAAUGGGGAGACGAGCUCAUGAGCCUCGACCCGCCUCUUCCCAUCUUUCUCUUUGGCCUGGUCGCCUCGUUGCGCGAAAAGAGCGCCAAAGGCUACCCCGUCAAGAAGCUCCUCCUGUUGCUGUGGAAGUCGCUUCUCUCGUGCUUCGGCGGCAUCCAGGAUGUCGAGAGAUGCAAGCUGCUGGCUCGCGAGAUCGAAGGCUUAGGACCCAUCGAUCGCUCCGCCAAGCGCAACGUGCUCAAAUCCGAUCCGCUCGACUUUCAGGAUUUCAAACACGAGAUCUCGGUCAAGUAUCCCACCUUUGAGCCGCCCAAGCGUCAGGACAAUGACCUGCCGUUGGAAAAGCUGGCCAGCGCUAUCCACCCGAUCCCAGCACGCAAACCCUUCAGCAAUCAUAUGGAUGGCUCGGAUCGCGGCUAUCCGGGCGGUCCUCAACAAGGCCCCAAUGGCAUGAUGCCAGGCACGCCUGCGCCGUCGCCUCCGCCUUCCCCAAAACCGAAUAAGGCCAAAUACCAGACCGACCAGACGCGCCCCUUCAUCUUCCCCUACAGUCGCCAGGUCCACGGUCCAGGGCGUCUCGUGCCGCGCAGCAUCGAUGAGGCAUCCAAGCUGUACAACGAGCACAUGCACGUCAGCCUCGAGCUCUGGCAGACCUGGCGCGUGCGUGAACAGUGCAUCCAGGAGGAGAGCGGAGUAGGUAGCGCCGCCGAUGGCACUCGUAUCGGCCUCGGUGUCAAGCAAGCCGCCGCCAAAUCCUUUGUCAAUCGCACCGAUGCCGCUUCUUCAUCGCAAGGUAGCCGCAGCCCAGUCAGCUCCGAGGCCUUCCCGAAUAGGAACGUCUCUGGACGUACGUUCAAGGUCAAGGGUGAAGCCACGUAUGAGCACCUCGUCGAGAUCGAGGAGGACAUCGAGGCAGAGCUGCAUGCCGUGGAAGGCGACCACAUGCUGGCAGCGCUCGACAAUCCACGUCACACUGAGCUCAUCGACCAGCUUGCGCAAAAGCGUGCCGACGUGCGCCGUCUCCAGCGCGUCGACCAGCUCUACCGUGCUGUGUUGCCGCAACUCCAGUCCUCCGUGAUCGUGCUGCUCAAGCUGCUGCUGGCCACCGUCACCUCGAUCAACACCAAUUCGGCCCACGCCGCCGCCAUCGCAGAAGGCGCUCCCAUCGACGAGGCUCCUCCUCCGACGCUAGAAGAUGUCGACGUGGCCCGCCAUCGCGAAAUCCUCACAAAGGCCGUCUCGGCCAUCUUGCUGCUAUGCCUCAAAUGGUUCAAGGCGAGCCACGUGAUGAAAUUCAACUACCUCUCGCAGGUGUUGGUGGACAGCAAUGUCUUGCUUCUCAUCCUCAAGAUCUUCGGCCUGCAGGAGAUCGCCCAUGGUGUCAAGACCAAGAACGAAGCCGAUAACUUUCGCUUUUUCAAUUACUGCUACCUCAACGGGGGGCGCGAAGCCCGAGGUGCUCGAGCCGAAGACUCGCUCAUGUCGCGUCACAACAUCAUCGGCCCUGUCGCCAUAAAUCCCGGAACGACUUCUCCUCCACCCGGAAAGGUGACUACCAUGCCCGAUGGGACCGAGAUCGAAGUGGUCAGCGACUAUUCCUGGCGCAACUUUUUCUCGAGCAUCAACUUUACGCGCAUCCUUCAGAAGCUCACCAAACGCAAGGUGCACCGAAUUUUGCUGUUGGUGCAGUACAAGAGCUCUGCCAUCCUGAAGCGGUCGCUCAAAGUUCCGCAUCAGGGGCUGGAGCUGUACGUGUUGAAGGUGAUCAAGAGUCAGAUCCCUUUCUGCGGGAGGAAGUGGCGGCAGAGCAACAUGCGCGUGAUCACGAGCAUCUACCUCAACUGCAGGCCGGAUCUGAGGGACGAGUGGCUGAGUGGAAGCGAUGUCGAGGCGGAUGUGGAGGAUUCGCUGCCGCAGGAGCAGGCGCUGAGGUCGUUGGUGAAGUUUUACAACCACACGAGGUUUGGACCGCCUCCUGGGGCUGGGCAUGGAGAGGGAGGAGGACAUGGCCACAAGAGGUCGAUCAGCACGAGCGUCGAGAGGCAUCAGCAGGAACAUCAGCAACAGGAGCAGCAUCUCCAGCAAGCGCAACAUCAGCAAGGUCAACAAACGCAACAGGGACAAUCGCAAGAUGGCGGUCAGCAGCAAACGCAACGACCAGGGGCUGCAAACGGAGACAGCAACGCCGGAGAGGCAGCUUCGCACCCUGCAGCGCUUUCGCCGACGCGCACAUCAAACGGUCCGUCGUUCUUCGAGAGCGAUGUACUGCCGCCGUUGCGUAGAUCCCAUCAGACGUCGGCGCCUGGCGGAUACAUUCCGGAUGAUGUGGUGGAAGGAUACCUCGACACGUACGAGGAUGUGCUGGGUGAGGUGUUCGGCGAGAACGUGUUUUACCCAUCGGAAGGUGGGCACGACAAUGUCUCCGGCGAUGCGGACUCGCAUCAAGACGCUGGUGAAGGCGAGUCUGGAUGGACUUCUGGCAAAUGGGGCUUGACCGCACAGGGAUCUUCCACGGCCUGGGCGAGGCUCGGAGAGAUUCUUGGUGAAACGCUACCCGAAUCCGACACGGCUUCGCUCCGUUCAGAUUCGGACUCCAUCGCAAACUCUCUCAACGAGGAUUCGGGUGACGAACGGGACGAGAACCGCAACGACUGGGAACACCUCUCACCCAAAGAGAUGCGGUACCUCUCCUCCGGCGUCCUCUCGCCUCCUUCACCCUCUCCCGUCCCUCUCUCCGGCAAACAGCCCAGUCCGCUCCAAUCGCCUCGCGCAACUCAUUCGCCCCUCUCGGCAGGAUCAGCAGCAGAUCUCUCACCCGGCUCUCCCGUCAGACCUUUCACCAUCUCUGGUGCUGCCGUCUCUCCCGGAUCCGGCGCAAGCGGCGGGAGCAGCAGACCGGGUAGCAGGCGCAACAGCAGGAGCGGAUCGGAUAGCAGUCCGUUGAGACCGGUGUUGAAGGAUUGGAGGGAUGACGUUGAGCUGGACGAGUUGGACUUGCUGGCGAGGGCGGAGAGAGAGGGUGUGGUGGAGGAGGAGGAAGCAGAGGGGGAGAGGGAGGAGGAGGGGCCGUUGCCGUUGGAGCAGAGGAAGGCGGGCGGGAUCGACGAGGUGGAGCAUAUCUUUGGGACGUGA